AUGGUCCAGGUGAUGGGGGAUGCCGGCUGCUGGAUCCUGCUCGGGCUCUCCCUGCUCCCCAUCGCCGUGCUGGGCUCCCAGGACGAUGGGAAGGUGAUCCACAUCAACCGGGUGCAGCACCAGGCUGUGCGCACGGGGCUGGGGGAGCCCGUGGCCCUGCCCUGCCUCUUCCUGCUCCAGCCCUCCGCCUCGCUGGGGCCCAACGAGCCCCCAGACCCUCCCCGCGUCAAAUGGAGCAAGGUGCGCUCGGCCACCGGCCAGAGGGAGGACGUCCCCAUCCUGGUGGCCAAGGACAACGCGGUGAAGGUGGUGAAAGCCUACGAGGGCCGGGUGUCGCUGCCCGGCUACCCCCGCGACCGCUACAACGCCACGCUGCUGCUGCGCGCCGCCCGCGCCAGCGACGCGGGGCUGUACCGCUGCGAGGUGGUGGCCGGCAUCGACGAUGAGCAGGACCUGCUGCCCCUCGAGGUGACGGGCGUCGUCUUCCACUACCGCCCGGCGGGGGAGCGCUACGCGCUGACCUUUGCCGCUGCCCAGCGCGCCUGCCUGGACAACUCGGCCGUCAUCGCCUCACCCCAGCACCUCCAGGCUGCCUUCGAGGACGGCUACGACAACUGCGACGCAGGCUGGCUGGCUGACCAGAGCGUGCGGUACCCCAUCACGCUGUCCCGGCCCGGCUGCUACGGGGACCGCAACAGCCUCCCCGGCGUCCGCAGCUAUGGCCAGAGGGAGCCCGGCGAAUUGUACGAUGUCUACUGCUACGCACGGGAGCUGCAAGGGAAGGUGUUUUACGCCACGGCGCCGGGGCGGUUCACCUUUCAGGGGGCCCGGAGGCACUGCCGGGCCCGGGGAGCUUCAUUGGCCACCACUGGGCAGCUCUACCUGGCCUGGCGCGAUGGCCUGGACCAGUGCGACCCCGGCUGGCUGGCAGACGGCAGCGUCCGCUACCCCAUCAGGGUCCCGCGCAGGAAAUGCGGCGGUGAGGCCUCAGGCGUCAGGACCCUCUACCAGUUCCCCAACCGCACCGGCUUCCCCCAGCCGGCCUCCAAGUUUGAUGCUUACUGCUACAAAGCGGACACGCUGGAUGCCGGUGAUUCCGCCGCAGCGCACGCGGGGCAGAAGGAGCAGGAGCUGCCCACGCCCGACCCGCCGGGCAGCGACAACGUACUGGUGGAGCACGAGGAGGAGCGUGAGGACCCGGCCACAUCUGGGGACACCCCACGCGUCGGCCUCCUGCCGCAGCCGGGGGCUGCGGGGCCGGGGGAGGAUGAGGAUGAGCAGCUGCGGGCGGUGAGCAGCAGCGUGGCAGCGUGGCGCGGUGACAUCCCCGGGGCCAACGGCACGGCCCUGCCGCCAGCCACCACCUCCUCUCCGGCGUGGCCCCACGAGGACGAAGCCCUCAACGUGGUGGACCAGGCGCCUGUGAGCACCCAGCAGGAUCCGGCCAGCAGCAGCACAGCACCGCCAGUGCAAGAAGCCCCCGGCCCUGAGGAGCCCCCGGUUGCCCUGCUGCCGUGGUCCCAAAGCCCAGCCCAGGAGGUCACCAGCUCACCGACAGCACCGCCUGGCUUGGGGACAGUCCCUGGCACGGCAGCAGAGACCCCCAGCACCCUGCUGGGCAGCUCACGUGCCCCCAAAAGGAGCAGCUAUGCUGGGCUGAAUGGGCGCUACUUCCAGCUGCAGCAGCAGAGCCGGGACCCCCCAGUGGCUGAGGACCCCAUGGUGUCUGGGGACCCUACGGUGGCCAGGGACCCAGUGGGGACAGUCACCCAUGCCCCCAUCCUGGCCCUGGAGGUGAAGGGGGCUGCAGCCAACGCGGUGGAGACGUGGAGCAUCGUCCACACCGGUGCUGAGAGUCCCCCUGGGGGGGGUCCCUACCCGCUCUCCAACGAGGUGGAGGAUGAGAUCGGCCACAAGCUGCUGGCACCAACCACUGCCCUGGUGCCCCCGUCACCGAGGGAUUCUCCACAGUGGAGCCCCCGCAUGGCCCCGCGUGGUCCCGGGGGGGCUGCACGGACGUCCCUGCCACCAUCACCACCCACCCCCGUGGCUCCCCGUGGUGCUUCCAACCACCAGGAUGUCAUCGCAGUGGGGGCAACACCCCGUGGCCCCAGAGCCCGUGGUGACUCCCCCUGGCUGCCUGCGGAUGCCACCGAGGACUUCUCUGGGGACACCCCUCCCAAGGCGGACAGCGACCCCGUCCCACCACGGCCCCCGCUGCCCCCAGCCCCGCUGGUGGCCGAUUUCCCUGAAACGUCCCCGCAGCCCGGCGGUGAUGGCAGCGGGGCCCUGGGGGAAGGCUCACUGGAGAGGCAGAGGAAGGCAGUGACCUCCCUCCACCUGCCCAUGGGGAUCCCUGGCACCACGGUGGCGGCUUCUCCCCAUCCCCAUCAGGGUGGGCUGAGCCCCACAGCUCCCCAGGGGACACCCGAAAUGGGGGCUGAACCUGGCCACGAGCACCCAACCGUGUACGGGGAUGCGGGGACAGGGACGGCUGAGCCGAGGGACGAAGCAGCCGUCACCCCCGUGGCACGGGACGUCCCCUCACCUUCACCCACGGCCGGCGAGGUGACCCCACGGGCUGGCUCCGAGUGGCCAGCGGAGGGCACAGGGGAGGCAGAGGACGGGUCCACGGGUGCCCCACGACCUGUGAGCCCCACGGCGCCGGAGCUGGAGGGAGCCGAGCAUCUCCUGCACUCCCCAGCCCCCCGGCAGCCCCCCAGCCCCAGCGAGGAGGACACCUCGGGGGAGGCGAAGAGGGAAGACCCCCCCACCCUGGCCAGCCACCCCUCAGCUCCCACUGACACCCCCUGGCCGUCACCCACCGCCCCCCACCCAUGGGUGCCGGAGGUCCCCGGCUCCCCGAGCGCAGAGCCGCUCUUUGAGCCGUCCACAACGGGGGGGCCCGGGGGAGCCCCGCUGCUGGAUGUCGACAGCGGGAGCGGCGAGGAGCCCUUGCUGGAGGAGAGGGAGCUGCUGGCUUGGACGGGCACCGACAACACCAGCCGGCACGCUCCGGCCGACCCGUGCCAGAACAACCCGUGCCUGCACGGCGGGACCUGCCACGCCAACGGCUCCGUCUGCAGCUGCAGCUGUGCCCAGGGCUUCACCGGGGAGAACUGCGAGAUCGACAUCGACGACUGCCUGUCGAGCCCCUGCCAGAACGGCGGCACCUGCAUCGACGAGGUCAACUCCUUCGUCUGCCUCUGCCUGCCCAGCUACGGGGGCAGCCGCUGCGAGAAAGACACGGAGGGCUGCGACCACAACUGGCACAAGUUCCAGGGCCACUGCUACCGCUACUUCGCCCGCCGGCGCUCCUGGGAGGACGCGGAGCGGGACUGCCGCCGCCGCGCCGGGCACCUCACCAGCAUCCACUCGCAGGAGGAGCACGGCUUCAUCAACAGUUUCGGGCACGAGAACACCUGGAUCGGGCUCAAUGACAGGAUCGUGGAGCAGGACUUCCAGUGGACCGACAACACCGGCUUGCAAUACGAGAACUGGCGGGAGAACCAACCCGACAAUUUCUUCGCGGGCGGCGAGGACUGCGUGGUGCUGGUGUCCCAUGAGAUCGGCAAGUGGAACGACGUGCCCUGCAACUACAACCUGCCCUACAUCUGCAAGAAAGGCACAGUGCUGUGCGGGUCCCCGCCGGAGGUGGAGAACGCCUUCACCGUGGGGAAGAAGAAGGAGAAGUACAGCAUCCACUCGAGCGUGCGCUACCAGUGCGAGGAGGGCUUCACCCAGCGCCACAUCCCCACCAUCAAGUGCCACAGCAACGGCAAGUGGGACCGGCCCAAAAUCCUCUGCACAAAACCCAGGCGGUCGCACCGGGCGCGGCGGCACCACCGGCACCGCCACAGCCACCCCCACCACCAGCACCACCACCACAAACCCCGCAAGGAGCGGCGAAAACACCGCAAGCACCUCCGGCUGGACUGGAUGGAGGAGGGCCACUACUUCUAG